AUGUGGGAGUUCCGGUCCAUGAAUUUUUGGCGAGCGGUCUUUGCAGAGUUCUUCGGGACCAUGUUCUUUGUAUUCUUCGGCAUGGGCGCUGCUCUGCGCUGGACCACCGGGCCUCAUCAUGUCCUUCAUGUGGCCCUGUGUUUCGGGCUAGCAGCUGCCACCCUCAUCCAGUCCAUUGGCCACAUCAGCGGCGGCCACAUCAACCCUGCCGUCACCUUUGCCUACCUUGUUGGCUCACAGAUGUCUCUUUUUCGCGCCGUUUUCUACAUAGCCGCCCAGUGCCUGGGUGCUGUAGCUGGAGCUGCUGUGCUGUACGGGGUCACACCUGGCAACAUGAGAGGCAACAUGGCAAUGAACACACUGCAGCCUGGCAUCAGUCUGGGAAUGGGCACCACUGUGGAGGUUUUCCUCACCAUGCAGCUUGUGGUGUGCAUCUUCGCCGUGACCGAUGAGAGGAGAAACGGACGCCUGGGAUCUGCUGCCCUAUCCAUCGGCUUCUCCGUCACCAUCGGACAUCUCAUGGGGAUGUACUACACCGGUGCUGGAAUGAACCCUGCUAGGUCCUUUGCCCCUGCUGUGCUUUUCAGGAACUUCAUCAACCACUGGGUGUACUGGGUCGGGCCUAUGAUAGGAGGUGCCAUGGGCGCCCUACUGUAUGAUUUCAUGCUGUUCCCACGCAUGAGAGGUUUGUCCGAGCGCCUGGCCACACUGAAGGGCAGUCGGCCCCCUGAGAGCGAGACCCAGCAGGACACCCGUGGGGAGCCCAUCGAGCUCAAGACGCAAGCCCUAUAA